CGCGCUCGAGUUCCGAGGCGGAGGAAGGACAAGGGUGAGGCACAGCCCCUUCCCCCGCCUCGGUUUCUAUUUCUCCGGCAGCCGGUCGCCGUGCCCCGCCCGGUCCCCGUCCCCGUCCCCUCCCGGUCCCCGCCGUGGUGCCCAUGUCGCGGGCGGGGGGCGAUGGCACCGCGGCGCUGGAGCGGGCCGGGGCGGAGACGGUGAAGCGGGCGGUGGAGCUGGACCUGGCGUCUCGUUUCCAGGAGUCGCUGGUGUGCUACCAGGAGGGCAUCGACCUGCUGCUGCAGGUGGUCAAAGGCACAAAGGAUGAGGCCAAAAAGCAGCGUUACCGGCAGAAAAUAUCCGAGUACAUGACCAGGGCUGAAGACAUUAAAAAGCACAUUGAGAAAGAGAAACAAGAUGGCAAAUACCAUAAGCAAAUCAGGAUAGAGGAAAAUGCAACAGGUUACAGCUAUGAAAAGCUUUUCCAAGAGUAUCUGACCGAGAUUGUUUCUGAAGUUUGGGUGGAGGACCCAUACAUUAGGCACGUUCAUCAGUUGUAUAACUUCCUACGGUUCUGUGAGAUGCUGGUUAAGGGGCCGUGCAAAGUGAAAACUAUCCACCUCCUCACUUCCUAUGAUGAAGGCAGUGGGAGGAAUCAACAGACAAGUGGCUUGGAAGAAAUAAAACAAUCAUUGAGGAAUUACGGAGUAACGCUGAAUGUUGCAUUUUCAUCUUCAAUACAUGAUCGAGAAAUUAGAUUCAACAAUGGAUGGAUGAUUAAGAUCGGAAGGGGUCUUGAUUAUUUUAAGAAACCAGAGGGUCGUUUCAGCAUUGGAUACUGUGACUUUGACUUGCGACCUUGUCAUGAAACUACAGUGGACGUCUUUCAUACUAAACAUACAAAGAAAAUGUGAUCACUGCUUUAAGUGAGUGUUUUUAUAAGCAGAAAAAAUACAGUCAUGACUAGGAGAUACCACUUGGGUCCAGCUGUCCACCACCAGAAGCAAAUCCAUAAUAGGUAUUUUGUCCAGCACUCCUUUUAUAAUCUAUAGGUUUAAGAAUAUUUGUGCCUUUCCACUCUGAGAAAACAAAAUUGUGCAGUUCACCCACUGUGCUUAUUUAUCCUGUAAUCUUAAGAAUACAGUCAAUGUCUAAAUUUGAGCUUAUGGAGAAGCGGUUUUAGAGUAUACCUCAAUACGGUCUCUCAAAGGCCUCUUUACUGUCAUUUCUAUUUUUACUAUUAAUUUUCUCUGUAUUGAGCAAAUUUUUGGGUUUGUAUCUUUAAUUGACCACCUCGCAAACUUCUGUGGCAGAGGCACCGCUUCAACCCAUGUGUUCUCUUUGAUGAGCAGCCUACGUAUUUCAUCUGAUUGUUGUAUUGCCUAGUCAAGACGACUGUUCCGCUGUGUUUUAAUCAAUCCCUUAAAAACGGAUUUUACGGACUACAAGUAACUCCAAAUGUAGCAUUCUGUUCUCUAAGCUCCUUGCAUGCAAACAUUGUAGAGUUCAGUAUGUAGACAUUUUAGAGUCUUCUUGUACAUUUCGCUGCAUAAUGGAUUUGGGGCUGGAAAGGAUGCAAGCAACAUUCUAGCUGUAUUACUUUCACUAUUAUCCAUGUAUGUUCUUUUAUUCCAUUUGCAUUAGGCAUGGAAAAGCAUACGAUCUUCUCCCAAUCUUCCUCUCAUUUUAAUGUCUGUCCUCCUGUUGCAGUCUGAACUGCAAUGAGCUAUUGCCCUGCUACUUAGUCCCCUAAAAAAAAGUAGUAAUUAAUUUUUUAAUUAUUCUAGAAGUUGGAUACCCAAAACUUUGUUAUUAAUAUUGAUCCUAAGGAAUAUGCCAAUUGAAAAAAAAUGACAAAAAAUAUUCUAUCUUCCCUUCAUCCUCUGGAAACCAGAAAUUAUCACCUGAGCUGCUGCUGCUUCUUGUCCUAAAAUAAGAUUUUUUUACUGUUGCCAGAAAAAAUGUGCAUUCUGACAUGCAGAACAGGCAGUGGCCUCUUUUGCAGGUCCCAUAAAGAAUUUUCAACCUCAGGACUGACAGGUGCCUUAUGCUUUCUAUGCCUUGUAAUAGAAUAUGUUUCUCUAUUCUAGUUUUAAGCCCCUGGGCUGUGGUCCUGUACCAGUACCGCAAGAGGCAGCCCUGGUCUUCCUUCUCUUGCACAUUGCUAGAACUUUUUCCUAUGUUUCUUUUUCCUCAUGUAUUUCAUUAUCAUUUUUUUAAUUUGCUUUAUUCCUCUUUUACUUUGUCAUUGAAUGCUGCUAUUAACUCUGAUGCAACAUAUCUAUUCCACAGCUGUCAACAGCUGCUCUUUGCCUUGUUUUCAAGUUGUCUUCUUCAUCUUUUUGCGUAAUAAUGUCUCAACUUUUCAGUGUUAAAUCAGAAAAAGAGUAACAUGUGCCACAGAAGCUGUAUGCUAUCAGUUGGUCUCCCUAAACAUUCCGUAGAAGCUCUCCGUCGUGCUGCUGUGGUAAUGUGUCCAGUCACUGUCAUCCAUUUUAUGCAUUUGUGUGUAAUAUGUACCGAUUUUUAAUGUGAAUAAAGGCUAUUUUUUAUGAUUUGUAA